UCCAUCAAUACAAUAAAAUCCAGAUUUGUAGAAACUAGAAGCCUUCAGUUCUUAUUUUUCUUGCAAAAAUCCAUUUCGUUGUGUUGAAAGAAACUAGAAGCAGCAGCAAUGGAUGCUUUUAGAAGGCAAGCCAGCAAGCUCAGAGAUCAAGUUGCCAAGCAACAACAGGCUGUAAUAAAGCAAUUUAGUGGAACUGGUUAUGAAAGCUCAGAUGUUGUAGUUAUUGAUGAGAUUGAGAUGCAAAGACAUCUACAACUGGACAAAUUGUACAAGUUCACACGUUCAGCAAGGGAUUUCCAAAAAGAUGUUAUUAAAGCUGCAGAGGCUUUUACAGCCAUUGGGUAUAAGUAUAUGGAAACAGGAACCAAGUUCUCUGAAGAAUGCUGCCGAUAUGGAACCGAAAACAGUGAAAACAUCAAUGAAAAUAUUCUUGCCAAAGCUGCAGCCAUUUAUGGUGAUGGCCGUAAACAUGUAGAGAAGGAGCAAGAUGAUUUGAUUAAGCUGUUAUCUCAACAGGUCUUGGAUCCCUUGAGAGCAAUGGCCGCUGGUGCUCCUUUGGAAGAUGCUCGUCAUCUUGCUCAACGCUAUAGUCGAAUGAGGCAGGAAGCAGAGGCCAUGGCAGUAGAGAUUUCCAGAAGACAAGCACGGAUAAGAGAGGCUCCAAUUCCAGAAAACGUUGCGAAGUUGCAUGCUGCUGAAGCAAAGAUGCAGGAACUUAAAGCAAAUAUGGCAGUUCUAGGUAAAGAAGCUUCUUCUGCAUUGGCUGCCGUUGAAGCACAGCAGCAAAGACUGACUUUACAAAGGCUUGUAGCUAUGGUUGAAGGGGAAAAGACUUAUCAUUUACGAGUCGCUGCUAUUCUUAAUGAGAUUGAAGCUGAGAUGGUCUCAGAGAAACAGCGCAAAGAAUCUGCUCCACCUGUGAUUGUUCCUGAGAAUGGCACAGAUAAAACAAUGUAUUAUUUGGCUGAAGCAAUGCAUCCUUUUUUUGCUUCAUCUGAGAAGGAACUGAGCUUGUCGGUAGGCGACUUUGUUGUUGUGCGAAAGGUAAGUCCAACUGGAUGGUCAGAAGGAGAAUGCAAGGGCAAAGCCGGGUGGUUUCCAUCAGCUUAUGUUGAGAAGCGCCAGAGACUUCCAACGAGUAAUCUGGCCGGUGAAGCCUAUUGAGUUACAAUCAUGAGUUAAGCUUUUAUCUCUCCGUUCUUUGCAUGAUUCCUGUUCAUUCUUUUGCUUUCUGUGUUUAUUCCGAUACUAAAAAAGGUUACCGUGCACUCGUGUUUAUAUGCUUUGGCGAUCACUUAAAGCAUAUCAUCCAUGUUUGCAUAAGUGAAGAUUUCGUUGACUUGGACAAAAUGCAUGGUGUCUUUGACUGCAUCGUGGUGUUGAUCGGAUGAACGGACCGGUUUUAUAUUUCCAUCCUGUAAGUGUGUACUAUUUAUGAUUUAGUAGAA